UUGGUGCUGGGUGUCUCAGCAGGAAAGCUGGGCUGGGGUGGGCAGCUGCGUCAGCCCUUGUCCAGGCUGGCGGUGAGACAAAAGGAGUUUUCUUCACGACAGCAACACCAGCCGUGUGCUUCAAGGUGCAAAACUAUGGAGGAGAUGGAGAAGAACGCUUGCUGUCAGAACUCAUGGCAGCUGCACGGGAGCUGGGUGUAUUUGGGAGACAGUUCUCAUUAGGUUGGUUUACAAAAGGAGGUUUUGGGGACUGAGGCAGUUGAAGAGUGAAGCCAGCUCUUUCCACCAGCGGGGGGUCAGUCCCUGUGGAGAGGACCCCAGGAACGUGAGCUUCCUCUGAGACGUUCCCCACAUGUCCCAGCAGGGACACAGACGCGGUUCCCAUUCCUGCUUUGCGCGUGGAAAGAAGCAGCGCCGUGCUGUUCCCCAUGCUAGGGAGCAGCAGCCAGCAGGCUGCCCCAGUGCCAGCUGGGCCUUGCAGCGCGCAGAGGGACGCGAUGGGGACGGAGCAUCCUUAGCACCAUGCACAAGGACGGAGCCUGCGCGUCCAUGGAAUGGUGCUGGGCAUGGGGGGAAACGGAAAGCCUCCCCAGGAGCUGAUGACAACAGGCUUGCAGGGAGGCAGGGGAGGAGCAAGGAGAGUGGCCCAGCACCCAAGAGAGGGAGAGGUGCUGAGCCAAAUGGCGAAAGCUCCGUGCAAACUCCUCUCCAGGCUGGAGGGCUUCCUGAAGCAGCAGGUCCCAGCAGAGGGGGAACAGCUGCUCCUGCAGUUGCCAACUGCUCCUCCUCCAAGAUCGUGGUCGCAAGAAAGCGCAAGGGAGUGGAAGAGGAGGAGCAGGAGGCAGAGCUGGGACCUGCCAACAAACAAGUGAAAGUGGAGCACAAUGGGGAGAAGGCUCAGAGCCCUCAUCAGAGCAGAGGUGCUGUGCCAGCUCCAUCAGCACAGCCUGGGCCUGCCCCAGUGCCGACCGAGAGGUUCCGGACCUCAAAGCGAAGAGAAAGACGACGACGACAGAAAGAAAGGAGAGCAGAAAUGAAGAAGGCUGCUCUCAGAGCUGCUGCUGCACAUGCAGAGUUCUCCACCAUGAACAGCCUUGUGGAGAUGAUGGAGAAGCUGCAGCUGAAGGACUGAGCGGAGGAGCAUCAGCAGGCAGCGGCUUUGUGGCAGCAGCCCAACUUGGCGCUCUGGGUUCAAUCCAUCAAUAAACAAUUGGAGUUUUGCAUUCACAAGGAGCGCAUGGCCUGAUUUGUCCAGCAGCACCCAGUGAGCUGCUGCUCCACCUCCUGGUUAUUGCUCCACCUCCUGGUUAUUGCUCCACCUCCUGGUUAUUGCUCCACCUCCUCGUUAUCCCACCACCUCCUGGUUAUUCCACCACCUCCUGGUUAUCCCACCACCUCCUGGUUAUCCCACCACCUCCUUGUUAUCCCACCACCUCCUGGUUAUUCCACCACCUCCUCGUUAUCCCACCA